ACAACUUCGACACAUCCACAGAUCAACCAACGAUCACGAUCACAAAUGCCCGGCGCAACGACAUCCGCGAGGGAUGCAGUGACGGGAAAACCAUGGUCCAUGUCAGAUGUGCCGCGAGAUGCGAGGCUCAUGGCAAUGAUCCUCUCGUCGAUGGGCAUCGAGGAUGCUGAGCCUCCGGUCCUGCAUAUGCUUCUGGAGUUUGCCCACAGAUAUACGUACGACGUCUUGCAAGACUCUCUCAUCUAUGCCGACCACGCCAAUUCUUCACGCUCGGGCGGAGCAGCCGGCGUAUCCUCUGUCUCGCUCGAAGACGUCCAGCUGGCGAUCCAAUCCAGAGUGAACCACUCCUUUUCCAAUCCACCAAAUAAAGAUAUGCUUCUUUCGCUGGCUUCGAGCGUCAACUCCUACCCGUUGCCGCCCAUCUCGGACCGCUUUGGGCUGCGCCUGCCGCCUCCUCAGCACUGCCUCACCAAUGUCAACUUUUCCAUUGUGCCCAAUCCACCACCGGCAGAAGACGAAGAAGAUGAGGCCGGCGGAAAGGUGGGAGCAUCAAAGGAGCAGGACCUUGACGAGGGUGCAGGAGAAGUCGGGGAAGAAGAGGCGGAAGAGGACGAGGACAUGGACGACGUUCAGAGCGGUCAGGCAGACGAGCAGCCAGGCUCGGAUCAAAGAGGGACAAAGAGGAGCCUAGAAGAAGAUGAGGAGUACGAUUGAUGGACCCUCUCAUUCUGUAUUUGUAGCGCAUGACUCCAGGAACGACUGAUUGCUCUGUUUGAGUCUGGUGGUAGUGUACACAUGAUGAAAUUACAAUACAAGAUCCAC